AUGUCGACCGAUAGUGUUCGACGGCCAUUCUUGGAGUACUCAGACGACCCGGAGAAGGAAGAAGCACGCCGAUAUGUUCGCGUUCAAACUCGCAGAGGCAACAUCCUGCCGUAUCUCUUCGUCGCCAUCAUAACCUCUCUCCUCUGGUCCGUGGUAAUCCUCUUUUUCGUCGACAUCCCAAGAGCCAGCAACAACACAAGCCCCACGACUACCGAAGAACAUGAGCCAAGCCAUAGCUCCACAGGUAGAUACAACAUCACAACAAACGCUCACCGGCUAUCUUGUGGCAACUCUGUUUCCGAGGCCAAAUCCCUGGGCUGCAAAUACGACCUGCUACUGAACAACUGGGUGCCCGAGCCGUGCUUUGACAAAGAAUGGCUCGACGAGUAUAAGGAGGACGACAGUUGGGGUGGGUACGCAGACGAGGCCAUGACGCGGCGUAUGUCCGUGGAGGAGAUGUCCGAGGCCGAUCAUUAUUGGACGUCUCUGCGGGAUCACGUUAAUCACUGUGCGAUGAUGUGGAGGAAACAGUUCUGGGCUCUGUAUGAGGAACGCAAGGCUUUCGAUACCGAACUGGACACAUCCUACCAAGACUUCAAUGGGGUUUGCUGGAUGUUGGGUCAGGGACGACAGGUAGACUUGUUGGACAGACUACAGAAUUUCUGGCUGACCAUCAGAAGAUUGUUUUGA